GCAUCUGCAUCCCGGGGAGCGGCAGGCACCAGCAUCCCGGGGACCCGCGGCGCUGGCAUCCCGGGGCGCGGCGAGGACCCUAAGAUCGGUAACACAGGGACCGGGGCACCGGCAACCCGAGUACCCGGGGUACCAGAACCCCCGGGCAUUGCAGGGGUCAGCAGCCUGGGGUGCGUCGGGGACUCGGGGCAUUGGCAACCCGGGGUGAGAGGGCAGCCGGAGCAGCGGCAUGCAGGGAUGAGCGGGGAAGCGAGGCACAGACAUCCCGGGGUAAGCGGGGAGCCGCCGUGCCAGCAUCCACGCCCCGGGAUGCUGCUGGGUGCCGGGGCGCAGGGACACUCCUCCCCGUGCCUCUGCGGGCGGGUGUAGGGGAGUCCCUGGCCCCGGAGCCUGCCUUCCCCGGGGGCUGCAUUCCCCCUCCCCGGGGAAGGGAGCACGGAGGUCCCUCUGGAGAGCUGUGCACGCUCAGCGUGAGACCCGGGAUGGGAGGCUGGCACAGCGCUGGUCUGUUGGUAGUCACCCUCUCCCGCACCCGAGGCGAGCAGGGAGUCCCCCGUCAGCUCCAUCUCCAGCCCUGAGCAUUCUGGUGGCCUCUCAGCAUAGAGCAGCAGCUCGUGUUCUGCCUGCAGGGAGCAGCCAGCAGUGGGAACCCCCUUCCAUUCUCCCCUCUGCCUGCCUGGCAAACCCCCGCACCGCCCAAGGCAGGGCUUGGACCUGAGCAUCUUCAAGCCGAUGAGCACAGAGACGCUCAGCAAUGGGGAUGGGGCUCUGCAGGGGCAAUUUUGGACGACCAGAAGGCAGAUGUCUCCCCAGUCCUGCCCCAGCAUGUGGGGACACCACCCUGCAGGAGCUGGGACGCCCCCCAGCCCCAUGGGCCCCCUCAGGUACUCAGCAGGGGACUCCCAGUCCUACCCUGGUCUCAUGGAUAUCUUGCACAGGAUCUCCUCAGUGGUCUGCAGCCACCAGCCCUGCACACCUGGGACAUGCACGGCCCCAAGCCCCGGGUGACAGGGCAUUUAGGGUAGGCUACAGGCAAAGGAUAAGAGGUUCCUCCUCCUCCUCUACGCAUUUCUAAUGGCUCCUUUGAGACAAGCCACACGACUCCCUGCUGGGAAGCCUCGCUGAGCUGUGGAACCCGCUCCUGCUCUGCUGAUCAUGGUCAACAAGACCUUAAACUACUGGGGUCCCAGUUUUGAGGAGGACGUUAUCAACAUCAACGUGGGCGGUCUGCGGCGGCGGCUGAGCUCCAGUGCACUCUCCAAGUUCCCCGACACGCGCCUGGGCCGGCUGCUCUCCUGUGACUCGGAGGAGUCCAUCCUGCAGCUCUGCGAUGACUACGACGUGAGCGCCAGGGAGUUCUACUUCGACAGAAACCCCGGCUUCUUCCUCUACGUCCUCCACUUCUACCAGACGGGCAAGCUGCACGUCAUGGAGGAGCUGUGCGUCUUCUCCUUCUGCCAGGAGAUCGAGUACUGGGGCAUCAACGAGUUCUUCCUGGACUCCUGCUGCAGCUACCGCUACCACGAGCGCAAGCUGGAGAGCCGGCACCACAACUGGGAUGAGGAGAGCGAGGUGAGCAGCGUGGACACGUCCCCUGAUGAGAUCUCUGACAUCAACCACGACCUGCUGCGCUACAGCACCCUGCGCUGCGGCAACCUGCGCAAGCGCCUCUGGCUCACCAUGGAGAACCCCGGCUACUCCAUCCCCAGCAAGCUCUUCAGCUUUGUGUCCAUCAGCGUGGUGCUGGUGUCCAUAGCCACCAUGUGCAUCCACAGCAUGCCAGAGUACCAGGAGGUGGAUGAGAGUGGCAACGUGCUCGAUGAACCAAUCCUGCACAAGCUGGAGUAUUUCUGCAUCUCCUGGUUCACCUUCGAAGUGUCCUCCCGCCUCCUGCUCUCACCCAACCCCAGGAAGUUCUUCAAGCACCCACUGAACCUGAUUGACAUUGUGUCAGUGUUGCCCUUCUACUUCACCCUCCUGGUGGACGUGACCAUGGGCAGUGACUCGGAGCUGGGCAACCUGGGCAAGGUGGUGCAGGUGUUUCGGCUCAUGAGGAUAUUCCGGGUGCUGAAGCUGGCUCGGCACUCCACUGGACUCAGGUCACUGGGGGCCACCUUGAAGCACAGCUACAGGGAGGUGGGGAUCCUGCUGCUCUACCUGGCUGUGGGGGUCUCUGUGUUCUCUGGCGUGGCCUACACUGCUGAGAAGGAGGAGGACGUCGGCUUCGACACCAUCCCGGCGUGCUGGUGGUGGGGCACGGUCAGCAUGACCACCGUGGGCUACGGGGACGUGGUGCCCGUCACCGUGGCGGGCAAGCUGGCGGCCUCGGGCUGCAUCCUGGGGGGCAUCCUGGUCGUGGCACUGCCCAUCACCAUCAUCUUCAACAAGUUCUCCCACUUCUACCGCAAGCAGAAGGCGCUGGAGGCGGCCGUGAGGAACAGCGGCAAGAAGGAGCCUGAGGAGGGCGGCAGCGACUCUGAGGCCCUGAGCGAGACCUCCCUGGACAGGCCCAGCCCCGAGCGCCGGGGCCUCACCCCCGGGGCCCAGCCCAGCCCCUGAGCCCUGGGGCAUGUGGGAACUGCUGGGACCCACCCGGGACCUGGUGGGGCCCACCUGGGGCACCUAGGACAUGUGGGACCCACCUGGGACAUGUGGGACCUGCUGGGGACCCACCUGGGGUCCGUGGGACAUGUGGUACCUAUCUGGGGCACUCGGGACCUGCUGGGACCCACCUGGGGCACAUGGGACCUGCUGGGGACCCACCUGGGGCACUCAGGACCUGCUGGGACCCACCUGGGGCACUCAGGACCUGCUGGGGACCCACCUGGGGCCCGUGGGACAUGUGGUACCUACCUGGGGCACAUGGGACCUGCUGGAAACCACCUGGGGCACUCAGGACCUGCUGGGACCCACCUGGGGCAUGUGGGACCUGCUGGGACCCACCUGGGGCUCUCGGGACCUGCUGGGGACCACCUGGGACACUGGGACCCACCUGGGGCACAUGGGACCUGCUGGGGACCACCUGGGGCCUGUGGGACAUGUGGGACCCACCUGGGGCACAUGGGACCUGCUCACAGUGAGCACACCAUGGUGGAGGAGCCAUGGCUGGCAUCACCCUGUGAAGGACAGGAGGGGUUGGAGGAGAUGCCCAGUGGGUGCUGGCUGCUUCCAGACCCUGUGCCUGCCUGGAUGUGUCUCAGCCUCCACCUUGCUCAUCCGUGGCUGCAAAGGGAGGUUGUAGUGCUGGAUAUACCCCUGCCAGAAAGGGAGGCUGAAAAUAAGAAAUGCAAGUGACUCCUGAUCAGGCACUGCCCCAGGUGUAUGGAGAGGGAUUUUCCUCUGCCCUAGUGUUUUGUAUUGCCCAGGGUGAGGUUAAAUAGCUCAAGGAUGAGGCAGCCCUCAACAGGGUGGCAGCCCUUACAGAUCUGUGCUGUGUUCACAACUUGUCCUACCCCCAGCAGGAAACAGGCUCAAAAGGCUCAAAAGGCAAGGGGCUGGGAAUGAGCCUGUAUGGGAGGAGAGGCAGUGUCCAGCUCAGGGUGAGCCCCAUGGGAGUGCGAUGGACUGAACCCCAGCUUCUUCCCAUUGCUGGGAUUUAUCUGCUCUCCUGCACUGUCCCUGCCGGGACCUGCAGGGAUCUGGGGCUGUGCUGGGAGCGUGGCACAGCUGGGAGCACUGCCCACACGUGGGCAGGGACACUGCCCACACACCUGGGGGUGGCCAGGAGGGCAGAAGGAGCACUCAACUCUGAGGCAGCACAGUCAAAGGGGUCGGGCUGGGGGAGCUGAGGAGCCAAUCCCAGUGGGGCUGUCCCCCAAGCCCUGGUCUCCCUCACCACAGCCCCUAGCCUGGCUGUGUCCUGCCUCUUCCCUCCCUGUCUCAGGGCCAGGAGGGCUGUAAGGAGGGGGUCACACUGCCCAGGUGUCCUCACAGGGAGCUGAGCCCCACAAGUGUUGCUGCACUCACCUUCCCCCUGCAGGGAGAGAGAUGGGGCAGAGGGGACCUUGCACUGCUUUUGUCACCACGGCCUCUGAGCCCCUCACAGCCAGGCAGGGAGGCCAGCCUGGAACACAAACCCCUUCCUGCCUGGACCCCAGCCCACGUUAGCACCUUCAGGGCACAGCAUUAAUUCCCUACAGAGCUUUUCCUCUCCCUCCCUCCUGUAGUCUGUUCGGAAAUUGUACAGCUCAGAGGAGUGCACCCAGCAAUGCCUGUUUCAACAGGAGAAACGUGCAUCCCACAAUCCCAAAGCACCUCAAACACACUUUAAAGGCUAUAGGAUGACCCCAGGUACCUGGAUCAUGGCUUUGCUGCUGCUUUCCUGGCUGGUUUUCAGCACAGCUCUAUUUGCUGGUGCUGGCUCUGCCUGUAGCCAUCUGCUGGUCACGGGCAAGGAAAGACAACACUGGUGCAGGUCCAGCCUUUCUAAGCCCAGUGGGACCCAGGGAGGGUCCCCAAGGAAUGGUGGGGUGGGAUGGGAGGGUGCUCAUGCUUCUGGCAUCAUCAAGUCUUCCAGUACCAACUCCAUGGUCCUCUCUGUGCUUAUUCCUGCUGGGAGCUGGGACUGGGGAGCAGCACCCUCUGCUCCAACCAGCUCCUGCUGCACUGUUACUUGAAUACAGGAAGGAGUUUCCCCUCCUCAACAUCAAUAUUCCAGUAGCAAAAUGUAUUCAAAUGUGAAGAGUAAAUUAUAUCUAUUAAUGAAAAAGCAUUAUGCAAAUAAUUAGGAGCAUGUAAAUUAAUUUUCUAUCUAUGCAUGGGAUGCAUACUGUAUAUUUUAUUAAAGACCUCAAUGACCUGC